AUGAAGUCUGCAAUUCAUUAUUUUAUUGAACUAGAGAAAAGGGUUAAGAAGGAAGUUGGCUUAGGAUUGGGAAUAGAUUCUGUACAAGGCACAAUUUUUGUUCCAACAGAAAACGUUGAUGAAUUGCCGGCUAAGAUAAAGUACAUUCUGGUUAGUAAAAAAGUAACAAAGAAAGAAUUGGAAUCAUUUGUUGGUUCACUUGUUGUAAAAGUAUUACCUGCUGAUCGCAUUUGGAUCAUUGGAUCAUCAUUAAUUUAUUGGGCUCAGAAAUAUGCUCAACAAAGAAUAAAUAACAACCUAGGACUUACAUCUCAUAGGAUAAUUUGGCAUGGAAUAAGGAGAAUGGUUUGGUUUCAGUUAUAUCCAACCAUCCAAAAGAAGUUAAAAAAUAAAAACCCUCCAACAAUCCUUGUAAUACAUUGUGGUGGCAAUGAUAUUGGCAACCCAUAUCAUACUUUGAAGGGCUUACAGAUGUUCAUGAAGUUUACUGUGGUUGAUAUUUCACAAUUAAUGCCAAAGACGGUUAUUGUUUGGUCUCGUAUGUUACCACGAAGUAAUUGGACCCUGUGUCUUUCCAAUAAAGAUGGAGAAAAUUGGAGAACUAGAAUUAAUUCAGCUCUUGCUAAAUUUGUUGUAAAGAAUACAUGUGGGGCCUCCAUUAAAUAUCCUGAUAUUACAAAUAGGCAUACAUGUAUAUCCCUUUUCCGCAAAGAUGGCGUACACUUGUCAGAUGUGGGUAACGAAUUAUUUAUCAAUUCAUUAAGAAAUGUUCUAGUGCUGUUUUUGUCUUCUACCGACAGAUUUUAUCCCUCUUAUUAG